GACUUAAGGCGUCAGUCAGGCAAAGUUAAAGCUAAUUCACGAAGAAAGCUGACAACCGUCACCGACUCCUCUUUAUCCCUUUCAUCUUCUCCGGCGAUGCUGCCGGACUUUCAUAUCUUCGCCGGAGAUCAAUAACACUUCCGCAGGACCGCCGUGCUGCAACUCUACACUACCAGUCGUGAAUAUAAUGGCGCCAUUAAAGCAACAGCAGCAGCAACAACAACAUCAGACGGCAGUUACGUUGAAUCGAGAAAUCAAGCAUCGAGUCUUAACUUGUCUCGGAAAGCUAGCCGAUCGCGAUACUCAUUCAGCCGCUGCAGUGGAACUCGAAUCCAUCGCUCGAACUCUAUCUCACGACGCCAUUCCGCCGUUCCUCUCCUCAAUCUCAUCCACCGACGCUGCCGACAAAUCUCCCGUUCGCAAGCAAUGCGUCCGUCUCAUUUCUCUUCUAUCCGAGGCUCACGGAGACGCUCUCGCUCCUUACCUCUCCAAGCUUCUCUCCGCCGUCGUUCGCCGUCUACGUGACUCUGAUUCCUCCGUUCGAUCCGCCUGUGUCGCCGCAAUUUCUUCUAUCUCGUCUCACAUUGUUAAACCUCCGUUUAGCUCAAUCAUUAAGCCUCUGAUCGACGCUCUCGUUACAGAACAAGAUCAGAAUUCUCAGAUCAGUGCCGCUAUGUGUCUUACGGCGGCAAUUGAAGCGUCGCCAGAUCCGGAACCUAUCUACUUGAAAAAGUUUCUUCCGAGACUCGAGAAGCUUCUCAAGUGCGAGAGCUUUAAGGCAAAGCCGGCAUUAUUGGCACUAGUAGGUAGCGUCAUUGGAACUGGUGCGGCUUCCAGCCAGCAAACUUUGAAGAAUCUAGUCCCUUGCUUGGUUGAUUUCAUUAGCAGUGAGGAUUGGGCUGCAAGGAAGAGCGCGGCCGAGGCACUUGUGCAGCUGGCUGUAGGACAGAAUGAAAUAUUGGCUGAAUUCAAAAAUCCAGCACUAAAAAAAUUCGAGACUAGAAGAUACGACAAGGUGAAGAGCGUGAGGGAGACGAUGAACCAGUUGGUGGAAGUUUGGAAGGAGAUCCCCGAUAAUACAGGAGAUGAAGAAUCAUCCCCUCCUGCUGAUCCCUUAUCUUCAUCUAAGGAAAAUGCCAGAACUUCAGUAGGAGCUGCUCAAUUAGGGAGGAGAAGUAGCGUUCCUCAAAACAAGCAACCUGAAUCUGAUGCCUCAAUAGUCACGACUGCUAGAAAAAGAAGUCCACUAGAUUCCAACGAUAAAAAGGCAGGUCAAGCAAUAUUCAGAAAGCUUGAACACAAGCGGGUGAAUGAUUGGAAAUCUGAAAGUACUGUUGCUGCUCCUCCUCAUGCUGCACUCUCUUCCUCCAUUGUUGCAAGUUAUGAGGACCAUCCAAUUGGUAGAGAUGAAAUCGGUAAGCCAGAAGUGAGGCGAGCCCUAUUCAAUAAUAAGGAAACAAACGAAUCAAUUAUAAAACCUAAUACACAAGAUAUUUGCCGGAGCAAGAAAGAACAAGAGGAUCUAACUCAGAUACGUCAACAACUUGUUCAGAUUGAAAGUCAACAAUCCAACUUAUUGGAUCUGCUCCAGAGGUUCAUUGGAAGCUCUGAAAAUGGAAUGAGAUCACUUGAGAAUAGGGUUCAUGGACUAGAACUGUCAUUGGAUGAGAUAUCAUUUGACUUGGCAACAUCAACUGGGAGGAUGUCUAAGAUUGAAGCUAAAAAAAACAGCAGUAUGUUCUGUAACCUACUACCUGGUACAGCAUUUUUAAGCUCAAAGUUAUGGAGAAGAACAGAAACCCAUCAUCAGCAGCAGCAGCAGCAUCAGCAGCAUCAGCAUUCAAUUUCAAGGUUUCUUGCUUCUUCUGCUAUCAGUCAACAAAAAUCUUCGAGAGGCAAUAAUGCAGAAACCCCACAAGGCUGCGAUGGUGGCGGUGGUUUUAUUGUGAAUCCUCUAGCUGCAUUUGGUGCUAGUGAAUACUCCUCCUCCCAUGUUAUCUCGAGACGCGUCAACCAAUUAAAAUGAAAGAUUCAUGCGACAAGAGAUUAUGAUCCAUUAUGGCUGGGGUACUUGGAAUGGAAAGAUGAGUUUAUGAAAGUACAUAAAAAAGAAGCUUUCUUAUUAUUACUACCACUGAACUUGAAGGAGGAAACUGCUCCAUUGGAUAUAGAAGCCAGCAACAGCUAUUCAACAGAAUUUCUUCAAUUCUGGUAUGUAAUGUAUGUAUGUAUUAUUAUUAUAAUUCCUAGUGUUUUUAUAUAUAUAUAUAUAUUUUUGAUAAAAAAAAAAAAAAAAGGUUGAGCAAUUGUUAUUUCCAUGUCUGAUAUCAUGAAAUGUAGACAUGGAUGGAAGCCAAUUUUAUUUGAUUUUGGCUACAAUCUAAGUAUUUAUUGUUUGAUUUCAAAAGGAAAGGAAAUGAAGAAUCCAACUUUGUUUGAUUUC